GACUUCCCCGGCCACCCGACCCACUGGUUCCUCGGCCACAUCCAUGAGUUUCACAAGGAGGAAGAGGUGCUGGACAAGGUGGAAAUCUGGGCCCGGAAGUACCCAUGCGCUCACCCUUUCUGGUUCGGGAGUUUCUCAGCAUUCCUGGUUGUCACCGAUCCUGACUAUGCCAAGGCUCUGUUGGCCAGAGGAGAUCCCAAGGAUAACAUGAGCUAUAAACACCUUGUCCCAUGGAUUGGGAACGGGUUGCUGAUCUUACAUGGGCCAAAAUGGCAUCAACAUCGAAAACUCCUGACUCCAGGGUUUCAUUAUGAUGUCUUGAAACCGUACGUCACCCUGAUGGCAGAGUCUACUAACGUGAUGCUGGAUAAAUGGGAGCAGCUGAUCACAGAUGGGAAAUCAGUGGAGCUCUUUGAGCAUGUCAGCUUGAUGACUCUCGAUAGCAUCAUGAAAUGUGCCUUUGGUUGUCACAGCAACUGCCAGACCAACAGGAAAAACACCUACAUCCAGGCUGUCUAUGACCUAUGCCACAUGGUGCACCAGCGCCUUCGCAUCUUCCCCUACCACAAUGACAUCAUUUACUGGCUCAGCCCCCAUGGGUAUCGGUUCAGGAAAGUCUGCCAGCUCGCUCAUGACCACACAGACAAAGUGAUCCAUGAGCGAAAAGAGUCUCUUAAAGAUGAACGGGAAUUUGAAAAGAUCCAGAAGAAGAGACAUUUGGACUUCCUGGACAUUCUGCUGUGUGCCAAAGACGAGAACGGAGCUGGACUGUCCGAUGAGGACCUGCGUGCCGAGGUGGACACGUUCAUGUUUGAGGGCCACGACACAACAGCCAGUGGUAUUUCCUGGCUCUUGUACUGCCUGGCAUCACAGCCGGAGCACCAGGCACGGUGCCGGGAGGAGAUCCAGGGGAUCCUGGGGGACAGGGAGACACUUCAGUGGGAGGACCUGGGCAAGAUGACUUACAGCACCAUGUGUAUUAAGGAGAGCCUUCGCCUUUACCCACCAGUGCCUGGUGUGUCUCGGCAGCUCAGCAAACCCAUCACCUUCCACGAUGGACGCACCUUGCCAGAAGGCAGCAUCGCUGCGAUAAGCAUUUAUCUCAUUCACAGAAACCCUGCAGUAUGGAAAGACCCUUCGGUGUUUGACCCUUUGCGGUUUUCCCCAGAGAACCUCUCUGGCAGGCACUCUCAUGCCUUUCUGCCUUUUUCUGCUGGAAUGAGGAACUGCAUCGGGCAGCAGUUUGCCAUGAAUGAGAUGAAGGUGGCGCUGGCCCUGACCCUGCUCCGCUUUGAGCUCUUGCCUGACCCUGCCAAGCCUCCCAGCAAGAUACCUCAGAUCAUCCUUCGCUCCAUGAAUGGGAUUCACCUGUAUGUAAAAAAAAUCCACUGA